AUGACGCUUGAUGAUAUGGAAGAAAUCACGUUUGGGUUACAAAACUUGGAAGGUUUGUCACGUCCACAUAAUGAUGCAUUGGUCAUAUCAGUGAUCAUAGCCAACUUUGAGGAAAAGAUGAUACCAGCCAACGUGCUCUCUCAUGAGGUAUACUCUAGGAUGGGGAUUCCGGUCAAACAACUUAAAGCUAUUAAAACCCUACUUCAGGGAUUUGGAGGCUGUAAAAUCAUUCCGGAGGAAAUUGUCAAUCUUCCACUCACGCUAGGGUCGAAUCAGAAGCAGGAACAAGAAGAAGGUCCAGAAACUAAUCGACCGCAUCGUCGCCUGAACAAGUUCUUAUCUCGUACAGUCGAUAGAUGCUUCCCAUUUUUCAAGGCUCUAAAGGAAAAUCAUGACUUUGAAUGGAAUGAAAAUUAUGAGAGAGCAUUCCAGGAGCUCAAGCAGACGUUGGCAACCGCGUCAAUUCUUACAAGCGAUUCGCAGCUAGUGGUUGGACAGAUUGAGGGGACGUUUGAGAGAAAGGAUGAGGAUUUGAGCUUAUACUGCCUAAGGGUUCAUGGUCUUCAAAGACGAUUCAAAAGUUGUGAUAUUGUUAAGAUAUCCCGAAACGAAAAUUAUAAGGUCGAUGCCUUAACCAGGCUCGCGUUUAUGGGGACUCAUGGUCUGGAUAAGACAGUUCACGUCAAAUUUGUAACAAAGUCAAGCAUAAGUCAAUCACCAUCUGUCAUGAAUAUUGAGCAUGAGCCUUAUUUAAUGGACACAAUAAUUGAUUUCAUAACUAAUGAAAAUUUUCCGGAUGAUCCGCCUUUGACAAGGAGCAUUCGAGCUCGAGCACCAAUGUAUGAGAAAACGAACGAAAAAGGACCAAAAUGGAAGAACAUGAAACUUCGAUGA